AUGCUGGAAUGCAAUCUCAAGGCAGCGAGCAAGAACAGCGAUACCAAUGGAUGCUAUAAAGAUUGUAUGAAUGACUAUUGGCCUCAGCCCUAUGCCGCUGCUCCUGCUGCUGUUCAUGAUGAGGAUGACAUUCCAUCAGCACCAACAGCCGCCAUGGAACAACAAGAAGAAGACAUUGAAGAGGAAAAUGAAGAAGAAGAGGCACAACCCGAAAUCCUGGAUAAUCAUGAGGAUGAUGAAGUAGUUGAAGAAUCCGAUGACCCUGACAACGCAAUCGAUCGCAUGGCAGAACCAGAUCAAGUAUUUGAUCAGGAGGUGACACAAGAGGAUGAUGAUCAAGCCGCUUCCGACAAGGAUAAUUUUGUCCUUGUUGCUGCUGCAGCACAACAAGAGAAUGAUGGUAGUAGCACUGUUGAAGAAGCUUACCACAAGGACGACGACGACCAUCAUGAUUCCCAUCAACAACCAACCUCCAUGAAAGGAGAUCAUCCAGUCGCUACAGUCACUGCUUACACAACGAGCCAUGUCACGGUCAUGCCCGAUGGUCAACCCUUGCCAACGAGUGGUCAUGGUGUGCCUAAUAAUACAUCUGCUGCUGGUGCUUCACACAAAGUAGUCGCCUUGUUCUCCAUCACUCUGCCAGUGCUCAUUGGUGGAUGCAUGCUUUCUUUGUUUAUUUGA